CUUGGAGUGUUUACGACUAUAGUUACUUCUAGCUAUGUGGUCCAGAGGCUGGACGGAAUCGCAGUAAUGCAGAUAAUCCAACCCUUUCUAUAGUCACUUGCCUACACUUGUCAAUCUACGCAGAUCGUCAACCGGUCCUGAGCGACUUGUAGCUUAUUCGGACCGUUGUCAGUUAAACAUUGAACUCGAAGAUGACCGAGUGUAUCGGCUAUCCCCGGCAUAAUAUUUGCCUUUGUUUGGUUUAACUGUACAGUUACCUCAGCCACACUUGGUCGCUGUUCAGAACAACCUGUAAGGCUAAGCAGCAUCCUCAAAAUGUCGACCGAUCUCCAGUGGCUCCUUAUCCGCAAAUACAACUCCUUCCUUGUGAAGAAGGUCCCUGAAGGUCCCAUAUUCUCCAAGGAGCCCGGUAACCUCCUGAACCUGCACUCGCACAAAUACUCCGGUCUCGCUAACUCCAAGACUAUCGAUAUUCAGAGCUCUGAGUCUGGACUACAGAUCACCACCCGGAAAUCGAAGGCAUCACCACACGCUGUUCGUCCCGCACGGACAACCGCAAGCGUUCGCAACCGCUCAGGAGGCCGUCGUUCGUUGGGAGUCGUUGCUUCCGUCGCGAAGAGGGGGUACCGUCCCGACCUGAGAGCCGCUGCUCUUGGCCGUUCCUCUGCACUGCUCGCUGCACAAAAAGAGAAGAAAGCUUCGCCACCGAAGAAAGUCCGGGGGAAGAAGGCAGCAGCAUUCCUUGGAUGAUUGAUUUAUUUGUAUCUCUAGUGCCUCCAUUGCUAUGUUCGUCCAUGCCGAAAUAAGCACUCCAUGCUGCACAUUCCUAGUUGGCUGCAAAAAUAAUGGUACAUUUCAACGAGAAUGACACCUAUAUAAAUACACUGGUGGUACAGCAA